GCCCCGGGUAGGUCACGCUCCUCUGACGUGCUGCGUGAGCUACCUUGGGUGCCUGAAAUAUAAACGAGUGUGGAAUGGUUGCCGACUUUUUUGAGCUUUGGCACAUGUUCGCUUAUUUUUCCAGGUACCAGAAGGAGCUUUACCAUCAGCAAUGGUAAACUAUCCCAAAUCGAUGUCAACGCACGUCAGAACACAAUCCUCUCUUAAUUUCCAUCGAAGUUCUGAUUCGUAAAAGGAUCCAGAAGGUUUUCUGAUGUCUCGUGCCAUGAAUUUAAAGGAUUCUACGCUUAAACGUAGAAGAAGAAGUUCAGUAUCAGGGGAAUCCCAUCGAGAUGCAUAUUCUGGUGCUACAGUGAAUGUAUCUGUGAGCAUUGAAAAAUUACCUGGAAAUAUUGAUGGCAAUAUUCUAGUCAAAAGCUUCCGUUACCUGUACCACAUCCUUUACUCAAAGGGGACUUUCUCGAAUUAUAUUCUUCCCAUUAUGUGUGUUAUUGGGAUUUCAAUCGAUCCUUUCUUCUUGUUUAUUCCUUUUGUCGAUGAUACUAAAAAGUGCGUUGGAUUGGACAAAAGAUUGGGGUUUACAGCUGGUAUUCUCCGUUCUUUGUUUGAUCUCUUUUAUUUACUCUAUAUUGCUCGUCGAACGCGUAGGAGAUUUUUGCUGCACCUCUUUUCCAUUGAUCUUCUUGCGAUUCUUCCCCUUCCCCAGGUGGUGAUUUCGAUAGUCAUUCAAGCAAAGGAAGGCUCCGAACUUUUGUAUACAAUUCGGUUGUUGAAGCUUUGUGUCAUUUUCCAACUUGUGCCAAGGUUUAUUGCAAUCUAUGAAUUAGUUGCAGACAAAUUCGACAGGGCUACAUGGGCCAGAGCGACAUUCAAUCUUUUCCUUUUCAUUCUUGCAGGCCAUGUAUUUGGAUCUUUCUGGUACUUUUUUGCUAUAGAAAGAGAAAUCGAAUGCUGGAAGGAAGCUUGCCUAAGUCAAACUGGAUGUGGUCAGGGUUCUUUUUACUGUAGUGACAUUUUAGGAGACUACAGAUUUCUUAAUGGAUUUUGCCCCACAAAGACGCGGGAUACAACGAUCUAUGAUUUUGGAAUAUUUUAUGAUGCUCUUCAAUCUGGCGUAGUGGAGGCAACAGAUUUUCCACAGAAGUUCUUACAUUGUUUUCUGUGGGGUCUGAAAACUCUCAGUUCUUUUGGUCGUAACCUGCAAUUAAGUGGCAAUGGCUUGGAAAGCUUCUUUGCGACUUUGUUGAUCCUUGAUGCUUUGGUGUUGUUUUUCCUUUUCAUUGGAAAUAUUAAGGUGUAUCUGCAAUCUUAAGUUGUAAGAUCUGAAACUUUAAGAUCACUGAAAGUGCAAGAAUUAGAGAAGCAAAUGUCCUUCGAAAAGCACUCUAAAGAUAUCCAAAAACAGUCUAAAACUGAAAGCUCAGAGGGGGUGACAUUGGAGGAGGAAAGACAGAAGCAAAAAGAGGAGCAAGUAGAGCCAAAAAGGCAUCUGCAAUCUGAAGUUGUAAGAUCUGAAACUUUAAGAUCACCGAAGGUGCAAG